AUGAGUUCUAAUAUGCAACGUCAAGCAGCUUCUCUUUCUCGCUCGGAGAAAUGCAUUAUAGGAACUGGGUUCGAACGACAAACAACUUUAGAUUCGGGGGCUCUUGGUAUAGCCGAAUGCGAGGGAAGGGUCAUUUAUAGCAAUAGUGAUAAGAUUCUUUUAGCAGCUAAUGGAGAUAUUCUAAAUGCCUAUGAUUGGUGGGUAACUGUACCGAAUGCCAGGGAAAAACCUCCUGUUCUUACUUGGAAUGAUUUUGGGAAAGAAUUUCAUAAGAAGUGUGUCUCACCUGCUUAUCAAGAUGCAAAGAAAAAGGAGUUCUUAAAUUUAGAGCAAGGGAGUAUUUCUAUUGCUGAAUAUCAACAGAAGUUUCUCAGUCUAUCCUGCUAUAAUAGGCUUUCAGCUGCUCUUACUUGGGAAAUGAUCGACAAGGAACAAGCUGGUUGA